GACAAGUGAAAGAGACUACUGGACCAACAUGAAAUAGCGCAAUUUUUGUCUUGAAUGCAGUGCAGCGACCGACUCAUUUGAAAGAAUGAGUGAAUGGGUGAGUAAAUGAACAAAUAAAUAAAUAAAUAAAUGCUAACAAAUAUGAUGUGUACUCCUGCUGCUCGCCAGGCAAUAAUUAUUGCACACUUAACACAUUUCUUUUAUGUGGGAACGUUCUCUGGAGUUUAUUUUACAGAAAUAAUUUCCAUUCGCUUUAUUAAAAAUUAUGUAUUAUUAAAUAAACUUGUUUUAACAUUCGGAUAAAAUCGAAAGCUGAACUAUAUUUUGUUCGACACCGUUGUCAUAGUAGCAUUACCAGCCACAGUUAAAAUACAAAUACAAUCAUGUUGUCGAGUAUGCUUUAUGCGAUAGAGAUUCUAUUUGGUUACAUCUAAAUUACAGAUACCUAUAUACUUUUGAUGCUUUCUGCAACAUUCAUCACUUGUAACAACAAGGAUUUACUCUAAAUCCUACAAUGCCGCUUAAUAAGAAAAAUGAAGGAGUAUUAACGUUACACAACAAAUCCAGACUUGAAACUAUUUUGCAUCCAAAUACACAGAUACUGGUAACAACGCCUUCAAACAUUGCUGUGAAAGAAUCCCAAAAUGCAAACCUCAGAGAUACUGAACCAACUUGUUGUCCGCCAAAAUUUAAUAGGGCAGCAACAUUUAAUAAUGAUUCCAAGGCAAACAAUCAGCCACUACCCUCAGAGUUUAUAAAACUUACUAUUAAUGGAGCUGAUAAUGAGAAUGACGUUUUUGACAAGAAACUUCAAACAAUGGAACUUUCUUCAGAGGCUUCUCAUCUUAGGCUAAACACAUUAACUUCUCAGCCAAUAAUCCAGAGGAUUGCACAAAGUCCAUCAAGUAUAGCAGUUGUUGAAUCUGAAACUACGGCUCCCUAUACACUCCUUAAAACAGAAUGUACUGCUAGAAAAAAGAAGAUUAGUCAUCAGGUUGAACAGUGGUAUUCUAUGUAUAUUUUCUUAAAAUGCACUUCAGCACUGGGGCAUAUCAAGAAACCAGAACCCCUAGAGCUCUACCAGGAAAUGCUCGACACUAUACAAAUGUUAAUAAAAAAAGGAAAAAAUUUAAAAGCUGAUGGAAAUACAGAACUGAAAUCUUCAGAGUUCAGAGAAUUUAAAGAAACAUAUGAUAAUCUUUUAAAGAAGGAACAUGAGAUGAAACAGGAAAUACAUUCAAAACUUAAUUUCAAUGAAAUGAAAAAGAAAAAGCACCAGGAAAAUAUUUACAGACAAUGGACAAAAAAAGUGUAUAAUCCUCUGUCUAAAAGACUACAAGAAAAUGUUCAAUGCUCUCCCUGGUUAUUUACAUAUAGCAAGAAACGUGAGGUGUACAAAAAUUAUUUAAAAUAUGUUAACACUAAGGGCUGUGCUUAUCUUGAUACUGUUGACCCAGAGGAAUAUUCAAUAUAUCCCUACCCUAACAAAGUUCCUGCAAAGGUUAAUGUGACUGAGCCAGAUAAUCCUCUACACUUCACUUCACAGCAAUAUGAUGAAGAAUUGCAAGUGAUUCUGUCUCUCUUAACAGGUAAAAAUUACAGUAGGAGUGAUAUUGUGAAUCUCAAGCUGUUCUCUCGUCCUGAUAGCUCAUCAAGUCGACAGAAGAUGGAUGCUACAAAAUGGUUGCUAAUGCCUGAAAACAACAUUUUAAGUACACCACGGACAGCUAGUAGGAAAGGAGUGAUCAACUAUAAAAACCAAAAGAAAAAUAUUUUAUAAGAAUUUCAAAUCCAAAGUUAAACUGGAAAUAUUCAGCACCACUACUAAAAACAACAGCUUCUCAACAGAUAACCUUAUAACAUGUGUGCUUGAAACAGCAUAAAGUACUUAUAUGACAGGAAAACUUCCUUCCAUAAGACGGAAGAUACAUGCUGGCCGGUACAAUAAGAGCAUGCUGAGUGAGUCCUGCUGACUAAAUACAAAAACAUAGAAAACCAGAGACUUUUUUCUUUACAGAACAAUAGGCUGGAAGAGAUCUGAAUUCUAUUUUUAUCUGAAUGAACAGUAUCAUAGGACACAAUCUACUCCAGUCCAAUGCUUGUUAAGCAAAUAUAGAUAUUGAUCAACACUCAUUGACUUGGAUAUUUUCACAAUCUAAAGGAAUUUUCUAGUUCACAUCUUUUAAGAUGAUACUUUUAUGAGUUUUCAGAAUGAUUUCUAACAUAGGUACAAGACUAUACAUUUUGUCUUCUUUUUCUUUUUUCUUUUCUCUCUCUCUCUUUUGCUGUGGGAGAGAAUUCUUUCAACAUUGAUACUUUAUCAGUACUUAAUUUAUCUACUCCAGAAAAGCUAAUGAUGAUAGGUUAAGUUGACCUUGGACAGAUUUCAACAAGUUUCUAAAAGAUAUUAGGGUGUUGCCUGAUUACCCUAGUGAUAAUAAUUAUAAGAGUUUCUGAUUUCUGAAAGCCAGAAAAUUUUUAGGGGAACAGGUUAGUAAAUUCCAGUAACCUCAAUAUUUGACAGGUACUUUAUUUUAUAGACCCCCUAAAAGUUUAAAAUCAAUAUCGACCAUAGCAAGAUUAGAACUCAGUUCAUAAAAAUCCUGAAUACUAAAGAUAACAAAAUUUAGUGAAGACAUGGUUGAUUAUAUCAACCCCAAUUGUUGACUAAUACUUAAUUUUAUCAACCUCUACAUGGGAACUGCUAAGUUGAUCUGAGAUUUCACCUCAAAUGGUAACCUUUUUGUUACUAUAUUUCUGUUGAAAUGCACAAAGUCCAUUUCAAUUAAUUUUGAUAUUAAUGCAGAAAUUAGUAAAAAAAAAUCUUUGCCAUUAUUAAACUGAUGUUUGAUACAUAAAUUAACAUGAAAUUUUGGUGGAGAGUUUUAAUUUUUGAUACCAACCUGUCUAGACUACUCCUGAGUCUAUGAUCUCUUUUAAAGAGAUCUUAAUUAAAAUCUUCCAUCAAAAUUUGAUGCUAAUUAUGUUCCAAACAUCAGUUGGAUAAUGAUAAAACUAUUUUACUAAAUUUGUCAUUAGUUUCAAAAUUAAUUAAAACUAAAGUAGUGUAAAUAUGGUAGCAAAAGGAUUAAGAUAGAAAUUUGUAUCAUAAAAACGAGAGUGGUGUCAGGUGGGUUGGUAUCAAAAGAGCUAAUGGAAGUUACUAAAUAUAGCCAGGCAGUUUGUUCACUGCUUUAUAAAUUCUGUUAUCUUUCUAUUGCCUGAUGUCCAACAUAGACUCAAAGUCACAAUUUAAGGAUGCUGAUGACGGGACUAAUGUUUAUUUAAUUGACCUCUAAAGGGGAAAAAGCAUAAUUCGCCAUGCUCGGAUUUAAAUGAUUUCUCACAUCAGCAUAACACCACAAAUUUGUUGGUGAGGGGUGCAGUCAAUUUAAUCAUCUUCAAAAGGAUGAAAGACAAAGUUGAUUUUGGCAGAAUUUGAACUCAGAAUAUAAGGAACCAGAACAAAUACCACAAGUAUUUGUUCUGGCUUCUGAUAUUCUGAGUUCAAGUCCCCCUGAGGUCAACUUUGCCUUGAUAAAAUAAGGUACCAACCAAAUAAUGGGGGUUAAUUUAACUGACUAAAUGACUGACCUUUCUCUCUAAAUUUCAUGCCUUGUGUCUGUGUUAAAAGCAAUUAUUAUGAUUGUGUACAAAUCCCACCAAGAUCAACUUCGCCUUUCAUCUUUUUGGCAUCAGUACUAUAAAGUACCAGUCUAGUACUGGGAUUAAAUCAACUUAUCCUCUCCCACAAAUUUCUAGCCUUUCUUAGAAAGGAUUAUUAUUAUUGUUUAUGUUGACCAAGUUCAAAUAAUUUUUUUUUUUUACUUUUCACAAGGCCACAAUUUGUAUAAGGGAUCAGAAUAAGUAAUUUGUCAUGUUCAUGUUUUCUUCAAAAAAGAUGAAAAAUACCAGUCAAGUUAUUCUCUACUAUUAUAAUUAUA